CUCCUCCUUCCUCCAUCAGCUCACAGUCAGUCAGGAACUCUUGUCAGGACUCUACUGGUUCACUUGAUACGAGCAGUGGGACUUUGCUCCAGUCAUGGUUCGGGUUUCUUGGCCCGUGUUUGUGCUGCUGCUGUUGGUGGCUGUUGCUGUGGUGAGGGCCAACUCUGGAGACAAACUGGUAAGGAAAAAAAGAGAAUGGCUUCCCCCACCAAAGAUACUGCUGGAGAAUAAAGACUACACUCAAGAGGAGUCUGUUGCCAAGAUUCACUCAGACUUUGAUGAUGGCACAGGGAAUAUUCGCUACUCCUUGGAAGGCGUUGGUGCAAACCAAUAUCCCUUCCAUGUGUUUGUCGUCAACCCUCAAACUGGUCUAAUUCGUGUGACCCAAAGGCUUGACAGGGAGGUCAUUGAUUCGUAUAAUCUGUCAGGUGUUGCAAUGUUCACUGAUGGCAGGCAGGCAGAGAGACACAUUGCCAUACGAUUCAAGGUUGGAGACGAGAAUGACAACUCUCCAGUUUUUGGAGCCAUCCAGCAGGGGAAGGUGAAUGAACUCAGUGCUGCAGGGACCUCGGUAAUGAAAAUCACUGCAACUGAUGCUGAUGAACCAGGGCAUGAGAACUCUCAGAUCGCCUACAGCAUCAUAGAUCAGAAUCCACCCCAUGACAUGUUCUACAUUGAAUCUGAUGGGACCAUCUAUGUCAAAAAUAUUUUAGACAGAGAGACAGCAGAUCUCUACACUCUUACAGUGAAAGGACAAGACCUCAAUGGCAAACCAGGCGGAAACAGUGAAACCAGCACUGUUACCAUUAAGAUCCAAGACGUGAACGAUAACCUUCCCACUCUGGAAAAAGACAAGUAUGAAGCCAGUAUUGAGGAGAACACUGAGGGUGUGGAGGUGAUGAGACUCAAAGCACAAGACCUGGACUUAGAGGGCACAGAAAACUGGGAAGCUGUGUUUGAGAUUCUCAAAGGCAACGAGGCUGGCUACUUCAGCAUUAGAACUGACCCUGUCACCAACGAGGGUAUCCUAAUGCUUGACAAGGCUGUAGAUUAUGAGGAUGUGAAAGACCUUGAACUGGGACUAUCUGUGAGAAACAAGGCUGAACUAUUUGGAUCUGGGGCGAGUGGUGGAGCUGGUAUAAGCUUUGGAGGGGGGGGGGGAGGCGGAGCAGGUGGUGGAGGUGGAGGAGGUGGAGGUGGAGGUGGAGGUGGAGCUGGAGCUGGAGCUGGAGCUGGAGGUGGAGGAGGUGGAUCGGGAGUAUCAUCAUGGCAAAGUGGGACCACAUUUAAAACCUAUCCGAUCAAAAUCAAUGUGAAGAACCAGCCUGAGGGGCCACGUUUUGACCCCGAAACCAAAGCUAUUCCCAUCUCAGAGGGAAGCCACACCAUCAACAUUAAAGAUGUUAUUGCCCGCUACCCUGCAAUAGAUGGAGACACUGGGAAACCAGCUGAGAAUGUCAGGUAUGUGAAGGGUUCAGAUCCUGACAACUGGCUAACCAUCGACCCAGAGACAGCUGAGAUCAAAUUGAACAAGAUGCCUGACAGAGAAUCUCCGUACAUUGUCAAUGGAUCAUACUCUGCUCAAGUACUCUGCAUUUCAGAAGACAUGCCCGGUAAAACAUCCACUGGCACCAUAGCUAUCCAGGUGGAGGAUUUUAAUGACCACUGCCCCACCCUGACCAGUGAUUUCCAGACUAUGUGUACCACAAGUGAUAACGUUAUUGUGAACGCCAAAGAUGAGGAUGGAUUCCCCAACGGACCCCCUUUUGACUUCGAUAUUGUCCCAGAAGGCACUAAGGGCAAGUGGCAGGUGGAGCAUCUCAAUGACACUGCAGCUAUCCUGAGGGCCCAGGAGUCCAUGUGGCCUGGUUUCUAUGAAGUGGAAUUUUUAGUAAAGGAUGAGCAGGGACACGUCUGUCCAGAACCACAGAAAGUGACAGUCCAAGUUUGUACCUGUGAGGAUGGAGUGGUGUGUGGAAAAAGGGGGGCCAAUGGUCAGCCCAGCAAAGGAGCAGAGUUAGGGCCUGCAGGCAUUGGACUGCUAUUCCUGGGCCUGCUGCUAUUAGCACUCAUUCCUCUGUUGCUGCUCUUCUGCCAAUGUGGGGGGGCUGCGGGUCUGCCAGGGGGCUUUACUGAGAUGCCUUUCGACACCAAAUCACACCUCAUUAACUACCGCACUGAGGGCCAGGGAGAGAACACGGAGGUGCCACUGCUGAACUUGCCAACACAAAUAGAUGGAGAUUUGAUCAAAGUGGAUACAGGCAUGGGUACCAAAACUGCAGCAAUGGAACAGUCAGUCACUUCCAUGGAUGGGAUGAACGGGGCCGGUUUUGCAGUUGACCACAGACAGUGGGAGGGGGUGAACCAGAGGAGCGGCAGUGGCUUCUACUCUGAGUUUGAGGGCAGAGAAUCAGGAGGAGGUGGAGGAAUUUAUGAUGGCAUGGCUCUGUCGGACCACUUCCUGGGACAGUACUACAGUCAGAAGGUGACCAGUGGCAAUGAGAACCUUGGAGUGAAGGACAGUCUUCUGAUUCAUGACUAUGAGGGCCAGGGCUCCUCUGCGGGCUCAGUGGGCUGCUGCAGUCUCCUGGAGUCUGACAAUGACCUGCAGUUCCUCAAUGACCUCGGACCAAAGUUUAAGACCCUGGCUGAGGUGUGCGGAGGCAAGACGAUCCAAACUGAAGUCAAACCAGUGUUCUCCCCUCCGCCCAGUACCACCAUCAACACUCCGACCUCAGUGUCAAGUUUGAUAACUGCCCCACAGCUGCCCCCUUCACACAAGCUGCAGCCAACUGUCUCAAAAACGGAGCAGACUAUGGUCAGGGAGACAUCUGAGCAUUCUCAGGUGGUGAAGGAAAGUAUGACCCCAAUGAGAGGAGGGAAAGCAAAUCAAGGCCAGAUGCUCCUGCUACAGCAGCAGCCUGUGUACUACACCUCCACCCCUGUGCUGCAACCAAUGCAAUAUGUAGUCCAGCCACAGGUUCAGAACACCAUGCUGUUGGCUGAGGCACCACCCACCAACCUGCAGGGCAUGGUACUGGUUAACGGCACCCAUACUGGACCUGCCCAAGGCGUGGUCGUUCAGGGUCAGACAGUGAUGUCUAGUGGACAAUCCCAAGGCCCCAACAUGGUACUGGUGGAAAGGAGCGGGAUCCAUGGGGACAGUACCAACCUGAUCCACACUGGCUCCCAGCCCAUGAUGGUCAUGGAGGGCAAGGUACCUGUAGGGUCAAUGAAUCUGCUGAAAGGGAGUCAGACCUGCCUCGUGCAGGGAGGUACCCUACAGCAAGGAGGGCUUUCAGGUUCUCAGAGAGUUCUGGUGGUUGGAGCGCCAGCAAGCAGUGGAGGGCAGUUGGUCCAGGAAGCACAAGGUCUGUCCAAGAUGAGUGAUAUUUCAGGUUCUCAGAGAAUACUCUACAGAACGGGCAGCACAUCCACUGGCCUUCAGGGCAGUGUGGUGGGUUCCUCUACCACCACAGUGAGCACAACCCCCACCUACCACAAGGUGGUGCAAGAGACCAGAGAAAUUCACUGAAGUGUCAUGUCAAACUUCUAGCAAGGCAGUCUCUCAAGUAUUUUUAUGUGUGAUGCUCUGAAGGUGUGGCUACAGCAGUUUGACUAGGAACAUGUACCUGCAUGUUCACACUUCUUCUGUUUGACACUAACACACUCAUACAUCCUCUUUUACAGCACUGUUUGAAGACAAGUGAACCUGGCUUUUUGAAAUCAUACAUCAUUGAGAAAUAUUUAUAUUCACAGUUUUCUGGAAAAAUAUUUUUUGCAACCUAAAUUUUGGAUCUAAAUACACUAUAGUCAAAUGUUGUCUAAUCAGGGUAUUUAUGACUUUCUUGGGAUGUUUUCAAUGAACAGUAAUGGUUCAAAUGUGUCACUGUACAGAAGGCUGAUGGGAUGUUUCUUAUAGCUUGUUUCAUUCAUAUUCUGUAAAUUCUGUAGGGCAGAACAGAUUUCUCCUCAUUACCUUACAUUACAAACCUGACCAGCUGUUUUCCAGAUUAUUGAAUUAUAAUUUAAAUGUUCAUAUAAUGGCCAGGGAGAAAACCUCCACCACAUCAUCGUGGGGAAAAUUCUGUUUGACAUAUCCACAUAUUACAGGACAACAGCACCUAAACGAACACAAAGACAAACACCCUGCCAAGCUCAUGCUAUUUACAAUGAUUCUGUAAUAGUAGUAUAACUUCUAAGCAAUUAGAUUUAAACAUCCACUUGUACUCAUUUACAUUUUAGUUUCUUGUGACCAAGCUUGAUCUAAACAUUCUUUACUUCACUACUACUUUUCUUCUCAUGUUUAUAAGAGUUGAAUCAAUUGCAGUAAAUAUUUCAUGCUUAACAAAAUGUUUCUUUAGUCAGUGUCACAGUGUCAUGAGUCAUGUCUUUUGGUCAAAAAUUUGAAAUGGCAAAUGUAACAUUUAAACCAGUUGAGCAAUUCAACUCUUUUCUGACAUUAAAACCGACAAAAUGUUCCAUCAUUUCUUCUUCUAUACUUUUUUCUAUUGUGUGUAGGCUACAUGUUCAUGGUUAUAAAUGGUAUAAUGGGGGUUUGAUUUAUUACUGUGCAGUUGCUUAUGUGUUGGAAUGCGUUUCACAUUAUGUCAUAAUAUGUCUAAUGGAAAACAUCUAUUUCACACUUACUUUCUUCAAUAAGUCUUUUGUAUAACAAUUCGUAUUAGUCUUUUCUUAAAAAUGAAUUUUAACAUGUUACUGCUGAUGUUCACCAUUGUGCCAGAAAGAAUCAAUUAUCCACUCUCUGUGGAUAUUGAAUAUGUGUCACCUGGUUUUAUCUAUCAACUUUUGUUAUUUUAUAUUACUACGAUACUUUUCACAGUAUUUUGUUGUCCCUGUGUUUUAUGAUAACAUUGUUGUUACUUCUGUGUUUAUGCUGGUUUAUGAUUAUUAUUAUUAUGAUUAUUAUAUUAUAAUAAUCAUAAUAAUAAUAAUAUUAGUCAUCUUUGUUGCAGCUCAGAUUUGGGCCAUGGAACUGGGCCUAUAUUGGAAGAAAACCAGCAUGUGACUCAAGUAUGGGCUGCAUUUAUUUUGCUAUCUGGGGAUGAGGUGGGUCUAUAGAGCUGUUGUGCAACUAAAAAUUAAAAUUACAUUGAAAUAAAUGAAAGUGAGCUUUGAAUUGAA